UUUCCACUGUGAACCCCCCAAAGAUAAAUAAAAAUUUCGCUAUUCCUCUCUCUCUCUCGUUCUCCGUUCGUGUUCUGAACUCGCUCUCAAUCGAUCCGAUGAUAUUUUAUGAGACUCGAAACUUAAUUUAGGAUUCAUAUAAUCCCCCCCCCCGGAUUCCGCUGAUAAUUCCGUUUUCAAUUGCACCAAAUUGCUUCGCCUUCGCCUUCGCCAGGUGCCUUGUCUUUUAAUUUUAUCAACUGAAGAAUGUCUAAUUACCAAGGGGACGAUGCUGAGUCCAUGGAAGAUGAAGAUUCUGAAAUGGAAGAUGUUGAUGAUGAUUUCGAUGAGGAUUUUCGUGGCGAUGAUUUGGCUGAAUCCGAUUCCGAUGUCGACGAGUUUGACUACUCUAAUAAUAAAAUCGCUGAUACUUCAGCUGACCAAGCCCGGAAAGGGAAAGAUAUCCAGGGGAUUCCUUGGGACAGGCUUAGUAUUACGAGAGAGAAAUACAGACAAACUAGACUAGAACAGUAUAAAAAUUAUGAAAAUGUCCCUCAUUCUGGUGAAUCUUCCGGGAAAGCCUAUACAUAUAUGUGCUGCGCACUCUCCUGUCGCUUUGUUAAACUGAGAAAUCUGAGAACGGAAAAGAAAAAAACAUAAACUCAAGUCGAUCUCUAAUGGUGUAAAUGAUGUGUUGUGCAAGUGGUAUUAGGACAGAGCCGAUUUAGUUAGUUGAUUUUCAUUUUAUCUCGAGUGUUCAAGGUCAUGUAUGUGUACGUAAGUGUUGAGGUUCGGCGAGUUUGCAUGCAUCAAGUCUCAACUCUUGGCAAGAGACAACAUGGGUCGAGUCUGUGGCUUGCUCUUUAUCUGGCUACGGUCACUUGUAUGAACUCAAUUUCAUAGUUGAUUCUGCCAUUUGUUGGGUCAAUUAUAUAAUAUUUCAGAAUAAUUUUCUUUU